AUGAACGGGGAAAGGCCCGCGGCCAACGGGGAGCAAAUUGCAAAUGGCUUCCAACAGACCGUCGCAGAUUCCACGCCCGAGUCUGGGCAAUUAAAAACAGAAUCGGUGCCCUCAAAUCCGCCGCCGCCUUCAAUCGACAACACGCGAAACUGUGCAAAUGGAGAUGUUGAGUCAAGUCAGCAACCCUCCGACAACAAGGGCAGCGAUGUCGCCCACCUUCACGAACAAGCGCCAUCCGAUAUCCUGCACCUCAUCUCUCAAGACAGUUACCUGCCGAUGGCCGCUCUGAUAAAUCGGGCUUCCCAAUCAUGUUGGAACGGCCUCUCCGAUUUGGUGACGCACUUGGCUUCAAUGCCUGUUCCCGAACUGCCACCUGAUCAGGCAAAACUCCUACCUACUGGCCUGCCCAACAACCAGUCCAAGGCAAAUUUGGAAAAGAAAGAUCGGCUCCUGAAAUUCUCAAAUGAUCAAAAGGCGGAUUUCAUAAAACUUCUGGUAUUGCUGCAAUGGAGCAAGAACGUGGACGAAGUGAGCAAGACUAUCUCAAUCAACUACUGGCUCAUGCAACGCCGAGAAGCGUAUUGGAAUGCCAUCGGGUCCAUGGCCCUUCUGAAACAGGAGUCUUCAGGUUUUCAGAUCCCCAAUCCCGACCUCAAAACAGCAGCUGAAGUACUGUCAAGGGGUACGGUGCUCAGUCUGCCCCGCCUGGGUUAUACACCACAGAAAGAUUUGUCCAGCAGACAGAUACUUAGAAUCCUCCAGUCACUCAACCGGGUGUUGAGCGUCAAACUAGCCCUUUGGGAUGACUUGCCCCCUCAGUUGCGAAGAUACCGAAUUCAUGACGGACGUGCUACUUUCACUGUACCCAACGAGUUCGAACUAGAUGUCUCCAUAUUAGGAGACAGCCAAGAUUCUCCCUUUCGCAUGGUCGAUUUCCGGUUUUCUUUCCAACCAUCCCCUCAUAUCCCCGACAGUCUACACUCGGAGAUCGAGCUAUACGCAAAUUCCAAUAUCGAUCGAGACGGGCUACAAGGGUGUUACGACUUUCUGCAUGAGCUGGCUCUAUCUUAUAAAUUGGCUGAGCUCCACAAGCAAGCGGUCGACUUGGCUCGAAACCAAUGGGCCGGCAACCUACGCGUUGAACUUAUUCGCCGGAACCUUGUCGUACAGUAUUGGCCCGAGAGACAACUUGGGAAAAGUUGGAUUGAGGUCGGUAUUGCCAGUGGUCGAGAGAAGCAGAAAAUAACCAAGACGGACUCGCCGCCUUUUCUCGAAGUCAAAUGGAUGCGACAAGGCAAAAGAGUGGACUCUUUACAAUUACACCUGAAUGAUGCGCUGCUUAGUUUCGAAGCGAUCCUCCGGCAAGUGAUCGCACAGCAUAUAACGCAGAUCCUGGACAACAUCUAUGACAAACUCAUCCUCACACCUCUGUUUGCCAAUGUUGAACUCUUCUUGGAACAAUCGCUUUCCUACGAAGAUCCGGAGGAGUGCUUCCUGACCAUGCAACUCUCUCGAUCCUCAGACCUCCAGCUGAAAAUCGACUCUGUAACGGGAUUCCUUGUUCUCAGCCCUGUUACAGAGAGGACAGAGCGACUUCAGUAUGAGGUCAAUCGGGUCCAAGGUGUGGCAGAUGAUGUUGUCUCCAAACUCCUCAAUUACAGGUGCAGCAUCAUGGAAAGUAGGGUUCUUGUCGGUAUUUUGGGCACCUCUUGGGAAGGACUGCGUUCCUUCAAGCUUAGCCAAGCAGAGGCGAGAGCAUUGUUUGGAGGGCCAGUGUCGAGGAUGAACAUGUUUCGCCAGAACCAGUGGACAAUGGCCUAUACCCUGGCGAUCACACACGCCCCUGAUGGAGACCAUUGGUGGCUAUUACAACAAGUCGCUGCCGGCGCUCUGAGUCAUCAGACUCGUUACAGGGUUCUUCACAAGCAGAGGAUAGAGGUCAAAGAAGAAUUAUCUUCCGCAUAUUUCGAUCGACUUGCGGAGUACUUAAUGGGUUUGAUAUUCUUGGAGCGCAACGCCGACUUCUUCAGGGAGAGGAAGGAGAAGUUCGAUCUACGACCUUUGCCUGCCUUCGACCAGCAUUAUGAAUUACCCGAAAUCUCAUUUGAUUUGGAUAUGGCCAGGCCAGCCUUUUCGAAGCAACCCGUACCACCCACAGCUUUCGGCUCCGCCACGGCGUUGCAAACGGCCAACAGUGCGCCCAACCCUCCUGCUCUACAAAAGGGGAUCAAAGUCCGAUUUGGUGGAGUUGAUCGGUCUACGAACAAAGUCAGGGCUGUCGCUCAAUAUCACUACCAGACAAGUUCUGCGGUGCUCAGACGUAUCGAGCAGUCUGUCCUUGAUGCUUGCGUUUCUCUUAACCCCGAGGACAAGACCGUUAUGAUCCGAGUUACAACUGCAAUAGCACAAGCCGCGAUCCCGGAAAUUGUCGACAAAGCCAUGGAUGUUGAAAAGGUCGUCUCAACAGUCGAGCAGAUUCAUCGUCUCCCAGGAUUGAGAUUGAAUGCGAUAUCGAAUUCCAGUUUUACGAUAGCGUAUCACGAAGGAGCGCCUGCCGAACUAGAACUCAGAAUCGGAUUCCCGAGCGGCAAUCAAGCACCGCAGCUUGAUUUCUUCCCAGCUGGGGAGAAUCCACAUCAAUUCCUCGCGGCACAAUACACAAAACUGAUUGCCGCCAGCCGCGGCCCAUUUGCCACUAGAAUACGCGACUUUCUCACUUCGUUGACUUUGACGCUCCCACUGUUAACCUAUCUCCACAAACUCCAGGACAAACAUGGACUGAACCCCGAGACACAGCAGCAAACGGAUCCGCCCGGGCAAGAAGAUCACUUGCGGGUGCAUAUCCUCGUCAGGAGUGCGACAGCUUUUGCGAUUCAAUAUUUCACACCGGCAGGACAAGCGCCGAAAGAUGUCAAAGCCGAUUCUCAACCACAUAUGCUCGCACGUCUGGAAGUUCUGCACCACAUUAAUAUGUCGAGAAAACCAAUGUGGCUUGUGCGCGCAGCGCUUGAGGACUUCCAAUCAUACUCUAGGCCGGCUUAUUCGACACCAGAGUUAGGGGCGAAGCUGAAGCAGGAAAUAUUUACUCGUCCAGACGGGCAAUCGAAAUGGCUUGCGUUGGAUAAAGCGGCGGCUUGCAUGGCUGACCAGCCAGAGCCUUUGCUCCAAGCUAUGCAUGAUCUUCUAUGGGAAUGGGCCAAGCUGGCGAAAGCGUCCGAAGGCAAAGUGCCCAUCAAUCUGCCACUGAACAAAGCCAAAGCUGUGCCAGGCAACCCGAAUGCAAACAACGCCAACCUUCCGAAUGGUCCCAACAGUCGACUUCCUGCUCCCAUGAAAGCUCCCCCAGGCAAGAUGCAAGCACCUGGUGGUAUGAUCCCCAAUGGGGCAAAUGUCAAGGUCCAACGACCUUCAGGCACUGGUCCUGGGGGAAGACCGAUGCCUCCAAAUCACAAGGCGAACACCAACAGCGCGCAAAAACAAGAGGUCAUCAUGCUGGACUAG